AGCAAAUACUACCCAGCUAGAUUGAACACUAGCAACUGUGUCUAUCGCGCAAUAAUCACUAUAUAAAGUCAGAAAAUCGGCUCAAAUUUUAUCCAGUGUCGAAUUGAAAACUCAGUAGUGAACAAGCAUUUCGAGCAAGUACUUCCGAUAGUGCCAAGCAUUUCCAUUAACCAACAUGUUUAAGCUGGUUCUCAUCGCAGCUCUAAUUGUAGCAGCAUAUUCUGCCCCCGCUGACAAAUCUAAUCAGAUGAAACAGGAUCGACUCGAGCCAUCUGAGACAUCAUGGAACGCAGCGUGGGCCAAUCCUGCAAACCCCAAUGCUGCGUGGCAGAAUCCAAACUCCUGGGGUUCGCAAAACUGGAAUCGAUGGAAUAACCCGUCCACUGACCCCCGUUGGAAUCGUUGGGGAUCCGGAGCGGAACCAUGGAACCGUUGGGGAGCCAAUUCCGGAUGGAAUCAGUGGAACCGACCUGGAGCAUGGCCGGCUACAGGAGCUGCUAGUGCCAAUCGUGGAUGGAACCCGUGGUAAAUAGAAAAAACGCACGCAAUGAGACAGAUUGUCAACUUCACAAAAAUAAGGCUAUGGUUUAUGUACAGUAUUUUUUUUCUCGAAUAUAUUUAGCGUUUACUGAAAA